AGCAAACAAAUGUAAACAUCUCGUUUUAAACUUGACCCGUUACCAUUUGUUUAUCAUUGCAGGUUGUCUUUGACUGCCGGGGAGAGUGGACAACUGCGUCCCAGUGAGUGAACCAUGGCCGAGUCAGGAGCAGGGGAGCCCAUGAUGAGCUCUGACCAGAAGGACAAGAACCCGGGAGUUAAAUUUACAGACAGGACUGACCCUCUGGGGAAUUGCGUCUCUUGUCUCAGUGCUGUAAGGAAUCAUUAUUUGAAAUUAAUUGUAUUGCUAUAUAUAGAUGUAUAACGGGGAAUAUUGUUCGUUGUAUUGCUGUAGAUAGAUACAUGCAACGGGGAAUAUUUCAUUGUAUUUUAUUCCUAUUGAAAUGAAUGGUGACGAUUCGCCAUAUUUUAGAUCACUAUUUCGCAACCGCCCGAGAUCUAGGCAUAAAGCAUUACCUAAAGCAUUACCUAAAGCAUUACCUAAUGCAUUACCUAAAGCAUUACCUAAUGCAUUACCUAAAGACUAAUUUUCAUCUAAUUUUUGCCAGAUAACUGAGAUCGGUAUACCUAUUAAGGAAAUAAAAUUAAAAUAAGAUAGCGGCCUGUAGUAGCUGGAAGUCGUAGAAUGAAAUAAUUUUAAUCACUUUAAACAUAUUUUUAAAAAACAAGAUUAACAAAAAAACAUUUGGCUAGUAUUGUUGGGCUAUUAAUGUCAUUGUCGUCACCAUUCUAGCCACACGCAAAAAAAAAAAAAAAAAUUAAAAAUUAAACUUAGUUCAACUGCCGUAAUAAUUUAACCACCGAAACGUUAGGGGAAAACAACGAAAGGUAAUUUCUGCAUAUGUGAUGUCUCCUGAUUAUUCUAUUACAUAGAGAACUCUGAUUUUUUUUUGUACAUCACUUGUUUAAAAAGUCUGGCUUCCUAACUGGCACUGAUGGAGGGCUAACUUUGUAAUCAUCUAAAUAUUAUGGCGAAUAGAGAUUAGGGCGAGGUGUUCGGUCAGGAGCGGAAGGGGCUGUUAAAAAUUCAAAUAAAUUCAUUCAGUCCUUUUAGACCAAGCUUGGUGCAAUGGGAACAAUUUUUUCUAUCGGCCUCUUUUUAUGGCUUCUUUUAGUUUCUAAAUCAUUGUUUAAGCUCUCUUCAGUCUUAUGGAUGGCUGCUACAGCUGGAGGUUCUUCAGCCUUAGGGAUCUCUGCGAGAGCUUGGGGUUCUUCAGCCUUAAGGAUGUCUGUGAGAGCUGGGGGUUCUUCAGCCUUAAGGAUGUCUGUAAGGGUUGGAGAUUCUCCAGCCUUAGGGAUGUCUGUGAGGGUUGGAGAUUCUUCAGCUUUAGGGAUGUCUGUGAGGGUUGGAGAUUAUUUAGCCUUAGGGAUGUCUGUGAGAGUUGGAGAUUCUUUAGCCUUAGGGAUGUCUGUGAGAGCUGGAGGUUCUUCAGCCUUAAGGAUUUCUCUGAGAGCUGAGGUGUUAUAGACAGCUUGUUUACAUAAUAUUUCUCGUGCGUGCCCUCUGAUUGACCCCGCAUGAGACGCUGUGUUCACAAAGGGGUGUGGCUUAGGCCUUUGAUGUAUUCUUGUUUACACCGCCAACCACUAAAAAUAAUUAAUCUGUUCCAAAUAGUAUUUUGUAGAAUAAAUGGGAUUUUUCUAGAAAUGCCGUGUAGCUUAUCGAAGGCAGGGCUUAGGCGUCGGUAGACCCACCUAUAUAAGGGAUUGACAGGCACGGACAAGAGGACGGAGAUUCAGAUAGAUUUUCUUAACAUUACGAGGCGUGUUUUAUUCUUUGUGUAUUUGUGAGCUUAUAUGUGUUUAUUUCGCAUUAUUUAUUGGCACAUUAUUCUAACUGUGUUAACUGUGUACCGGUACAAGAUCUACCAUACUGUAAGUUGAAGAUUGUAAUUAUAUUUUUCUUUUCUUUUGUAAUUAUCUUAAGACAUAAUAAAUCUUAAUUAAUUGUAACUAGAAACUGUUUUGGGUCAUAUAUUUAAUAUUGUUGAUUCUAUAGUAUCGUCCUUUGUUAGGCACUGUUUACAACGAGCCAAUUAAAAUUAAAAUAGGAGAUCAAUUUCUCCCAAUACAAGUCAGUGCGUAACAUGAGGGUUCUUCAACCUUAGGGAUGUGUGCGAGAGCGGGGGUUUCUUCAGCCUUAGGGAUGUAUGUGAGAGUUGGAGAUUAUUCAGCCUUAGUGAUGUCUGUGAGAGUUGGGAGUUCUUCAGCCUUAGGGAUGUCUGUGAGAGUUGGAGAUUAUUCAGCCUUAGGGAUGUCUGUGAGAAUUGGAGAUUCUUCAACCUUAGGUAUGUCUGUGAGAGCUGGAGAUCCUUCAGUCUUACGGAUGUCUGUGAGAGCUGGUGGUUCAAUGGCUCAAAUUUAGCGUUUCUCUCUUCUCAUAUUCUAUUCUCUAGCUGUCUUCUUGGUUACACAUGCCAGUUUUUGCUUUCCGAAAGUGUUCCUUUGCUAAUUGCAUUCUUGCUUCCAACUCUUGUACCCAAUUAAGAAGACUGUGCUUUGUAAGCAGUUGUAGAAGGUUUCUUUCUCAUAAUCGCUUCAAAAGAUUUUAAGUUGUUUUUAUUUUUUAAAUACAUAUUAUUUUCAUUAUGCAAAAGAAUACGCAGGCCUAUAUGAUUCUGAAGUGCUAAACUUUAUACUCUGUUUUCAUUCCAGACUCCAAAAUGGUGCAGGAAAAAUCUGCUUUUAGUUUUAACAGUAACCGGCGUGGUCCUGGGUAUAAUAUUUGGAUUCGCCCUGCGGCCAGUUCAGAUGUCAGGCGACGCAAUCAUGUUAGUCUCCUUUCCAGGAGAUCUGUUGAUGAGGAUGCUAAAAAUGUUGAUUGUACCUUUGAUCAUCAGUAGUAUGAUUACAGGUAUGUGGAAAAAAAAUGUGUUCUCGUAACUAUAGCUACCAGCAAGGGGCCAUAAAUAAAUGACGUCACGCAAUUUUUUAUAAUUUAUUUUGCCCCACAAAUCGUCACAAAAUUCAUAUACCCUCCCCUAUUUUUUUAGGCCAUGACAUUGUUUAUUAGAAUUGUGAGCUUGUAGCAUAAUUGAAAUAAUAAUUAAAUUAAUAUUUUGCACAUUUUCAUUUUUUUCUGGAUUCAUUUAUUAAAAUAACAUGAUCUAUCAAGGUUUAAUGUGCUUUUGAAAAUACUUAAAUCUAUUCAGUAAAUAUUUUAUUUCUUUCAGGUCUGGCAUCAUUAGAUGCUAAAAACUCAGGAAGAAUGGGCCUGCGUGCCAUUGUGUACUACUUAUCAACAACAUUUGUAGCUAUCAUCUUAGGCAUAGUUCUUGUUCUUAGCAUCCACCCUGGUGAAUAUGAUGGGGGAAUUAGGAGGAGGAGUAAAAGAGAAAAAAGAUCAGCGUCUUCUUUAGAUGCUUUCCUUGACUUAAUAAGGUGAAACAUUUUCUUCUCCUCUCUCUUGAGAGACAGAGAGUAGGAAUAAACUUUAUAUGGUAGUUUUGAUCAUUGCUUCUGCCAUCUGACAAAACCAUGUGUGUGUUCAAAUAGUUUUGCACUUGUUCUUAAGUACCGGUACCUGUAUUUAAAUGUGUGAUGCACUUAACUUCCAAGAACAUAAUUAAUAACAAUAGAUGGAUCCUCAAAUGAUUUCAAUUUUCAAAGACAAAUAACUGACAUACAUAUCAAUGAUGAAGCAAAAAAUUGUGAAAAAAAAAAUUGUUUAAAUAAUUUAAAAUUUAUUGUUAAAAAAUAAUAUUAACUGGGCUGCUUAUUCAUCAAGAAUAAAUUCUCUCUUCUUAUCAGAAACAUCUUCCCACCCAAUAUAAUUCAAGCUUGCUUCCAGCAUUCGAUGACAGUUUAUGAACAGGAAGAACCAGAAGAGUUCAUAGUGACAAAGCCAACCAAUUCUGUGCUGGUAGAUUUCAAUAACAGCCUUCUCACCACCAUCACAACUGUCAUCACCACAACCCAGAGAACUAUUGUUAGCAACUCAAGCAAUGAAACUAUUAUAACUGAAACAGUUACAAGUUGGGUUCGGAAAUACCCUAUGGCAGAUGGAGUUAACGUUCUUGGUGAGUAUUUACUAUUAAGAGAAAAAGUGUUUUGGGCACCAUAAUAAAGGCCCACUAAUUGUAUUUAAUUCUUAAUUUUUUAAAACAUUUUUUCCUUAUUACCGAACACUAUUUUCUUAUUUAUCCAAAAUGUGUGUUUACUUAUUUAACCCGAUUGGAUUAUACUCUUUUAAAAAGUUGUAUAUUAUACUGAUCAUAUAAACAAAUUUGGUCGAGAACAGAAUUUGAAGAUCACUGCUCAUUUCUUAAUUUUCAAUAUUUUGUCAUGGAAAUAAAAACAUUUUCAAAAUCAUUCAUGACAAGAAAGAUUUGCAUACAAAAAUCAUUAAAUCUAUUUAAACUAACAAAAUACUUCCCCCUAGAUAUCCUUAUGUUUUUAUCACUGUCAAUAACUUUAUACCUAUGUAGAUACACACAAAAAAUCAAGUUUUUUUUUUUUAAUGGCAAUUAUUACUUCAUGGUUAUUUCAUUCUUUCCACCCAUAACAAUGUAUUCUUAGAUUGUUGUGCUCAUGUUUUAUGAAAGGAUGAGGAAUUAAACAAGUGUUUUAUUAUUUUUAUUCUAUAAUCAGGUAUCAUCACAUUCUGUACUGCUUUUGGUAUCCUGAUUAGUAAUAUGGGGUCAAGAGGUCAGAUAAUGAUAGAUUUCUUCCAGGUUUUGAAUGAGAUCAUUAUGAAGAUGGUCACCAUUGUCAUGUGGUAAGGAAAAAGAAGUCCUAUUUCAUUUAGUUAUUUUCAGUGAAAUAUAAUGUUAUAAUAUAAUAUGUUAUUGCAAAACGAAUUUUACUCAGCAUAUGAAUAUUAUCUAUUAAACAAUCAAUUUAUAUUCAAAAAUGGUUAUACUACAUGGUCUAAAGUUUCAACUACUAAAGGAAAAAUAUUUAUUGCAGCCAUUAUUUCUCAUUAUCAAUGAGAAUUUGGAAAAUGAAGCUAAAGUAUUCUUUUCACAGGUACUCACCUAUAGGUAUUAUGUUUCUGAUCACUGGCAAAAUUCUUGAGCUUGAUGACCCAGCUAAAGUAGGUGCCCAGCUGGGCAUGUACAUGAUCACCAUCCUGUUAGGUCUAACCAUCCACACAUUUGUUAUUUUACCUGCCAUCUAUUUCAUCAUUGCUCGCAAGAAUCCCUACCUGAUCUUCUGGGGGAUAAUCCAGGCCUGGGUGACGGCCCUUGGAACUGCAUCUAGGUAAAGAAAUUCUUUGUCAUUUCAUUUUUCAUUUUAUGCUCAUAUUUUGUGAAAUCAGAAAUCUUUUUAUAUAAUUAAUAGUUAUUUAUUUUUAAUUUUUUUGCCUAAUCCUACUAUCAUUAUGUGUUAAUUUUCAUUAAUCAUUUUGGUCAUUGAACAUGAAACUCAUCCUAUAGUAACUAUAAAAUGUGCUUAAACCCUAUUUAAUACCACCUACUAAUAGUUGAAAGUCAAAAAAGAAAUUAAUGUUGCCAGCUAUCCUAACUGUUUUAUUCAUUUUUGUUCCCUUCUAUUUCCAGCACAGCAACUCUGCCUGUUACCUUUAGGUGCCUGGAAGAAAAUCUAAACAUCGACAAGAGGGUGACACGGUUUGUCCUCCCUAUAGGUGCUACCAUUAACAUGGAUGGGACGGCUCUCUAUGAGGCAGUGGCCCCAAUUUUCAUAGCACAAAUGAAUGGCAUUGAAUUGGGCUUUGGAGAGAUUGUGGCAAUAAGGUAUAUCAAAAAAUUUUUACAAUUGUUACCUUUUAUAAUUUCUUUCAAGUUUCAGUUGGAUUUUUCAGAAAUUAGUAUUACUCAUACUCAUAACAAUUUUACAAGUCAAAUUUAAAAUAAUAAAUUUUAACCUUUAUACAUCAAUUAUGAGUGACAUGUCAAAUUUCACAAAAUAAAUUUCAUUCAUAUAAUCAUUUUAAAGCAUCUUAUUACCAUAGCAUUGACCCAAAAAAAAUAUUUGAAAUGUUUAUAAUACAAAGCUCUUUUCUUUUAAAUAUUAAUUAAAAAAAUUUUCAAAGAUGUAAAAUUAUCACAUAUACUUUUGACCUGAAGUCCUAACAUUUUGCAGCAUUGUAACAUUCAAGCACAUAAUCAAAAAUUAAUCAAUGAGUAUUUUUCAUUACCUCCUAACAUAAAAAUAAAGACUCUGUGGUGUUGUAGUAAUGUUGCGUGUCUCUCAGGAACAAAUGGAAUGAACUUGUUAGCCCAGUAGAGAAGCCAUUAAUAUGAAGGAGGAAAUGAAUUUAAAAAGAUUUGACUGCAUUCUGACCAGAAUGAAAAAUGCUUGCUCAAGUCAGAAAUACUGGGCCAACUUGUCACAAAACACUAUGGUGCAUUACACUGGGCAAAAUGCCUGUAACUUUGCCAGUUAUGUUACCAUAUAGCUGCCAGAACAAUUUUGGACCUUAAAAAAAAUUAUAUAUAACCCUUCAAUUUAAUUGACAAUAGAAUCUACUCAAUUAUUUGUUUUAUUAAUACCAGGCCAUUAAAUUGUAGUAUUGAGCCACACGGGCAAGCUAAAAAUAACAAGGUUUAUUUCAGCUUAACUGCAACCUGUGCCAGUAUAGGAGCUGCAGCAAUACCAAGUGCUGGAUUAGUCACCAUGAUUAUGGUAUUAACAUCUGUGGGUCUACCAGCUGAUGAUAUUAGUUUGAUUUUAGCUGUUGACUGGUUCUUGUAAGUAAAAACUUUUUGUCUCUAUAAUUAUAGUAACCACAUAGGUAUUUUUGUUAACACAGAUUGAUUUUAUUUUUAAGAACUUAGAAAAAUAGUGCUAUAAUAUUACUAUAAAGAAAUUUAAUAACAUUUUUUUCUUCUAACACAUUUCUAUGUAGUUUUUUCAUUAUUUUAAAUUGCAAAAUUGAAUAAUAACUGGUUUGUCCUGACUUUAGAUCUAAAUGCUUCAAUUAAAUCUCUGUUUGUACAUUUAAAAAUAAAUUCAAGUCAUUUCAUCAAGGUUUAAAUUCAAGUUAAAGUUAUGAUAAAUUGUUAUUCUAUUUCUUUUGAAGUAUUUUUUUAACAUUAUAUGUAAUAGUUGAGUUGAUUCUUUUCAUUGAUUUCUCAAUUCUCUGAAUUUAACUUUGUUUCUUCAGAGAUCGCUUCCGUACAUCCACGAAUGUGCUAGGUGAUAGUUAUGGAGCAGCAGUAGUGGAGCACUUAUCUAAAAAGGAGUUGCAGAUAGAUGCACACCCUGCCCUUGAUGAUGGACCAGACUUUGACUUACAGGAAACCAAGAAGAGGAAAUCUCUGACUAACAGUCAAAAGGGGGGAAUAGAGGAUCAGCUUUAAAUUGUUUCUUACUUCUCUUUGAUAGUUAUGUAUGUUUGGCAUCAUUUGUAUGGAAUAUUUACAUGUCUAUUUCUAUAAUUGCUCUGAUAUUAACUACAUCUUUGACUUCUUAUGUGUGUCAUCAACAUAUGGUUUUGUACAGCUGGUAUGAUAAAAAUUAUUUUCUUAGAUAUUGAAAUUUCAAUGAAAUAUAAUUUUUUUUUUACCAUUGUAAUAAAAAUGGUAAGCCCUAACAUAAUUUUUUUCCAAGGCAGAAAAUCGUUUAUUAAUUACCUUAAAAACUAAUAAAGUUUAAAGUUAGAAGAACGUAAAAAAGUUAAGGGAUUUAGUGUCUUUUAAAGUAAUUUUUAAAUAAUUUUUUAUUUUAAAUGCUUUGAACUUAUAAAUAUUUUUAAACCUUUCUUUUUUUUAUUUCUACAAAUGUCACAUUUAUUUACUAGAAUGUCUAACAUUCCAAAUCUAAGAUAAUGAAAUGUAUGGACAUUUAAUUUGGAACUGACAGACUGAAUUAUUAUUGUCAAUUGGUUUACAAUGGCAAGUGCAUUUCGUAAAUAAAUUUUAAAAGCAAUUACAUUUUAUUGAAUAAAUGUGUUCAUUUAGUCUUAAUAUUAUAUCCAGUACUAUUACUUAUAAUUUCAAAGUUCUUUUAGACUUAAUUUGAAAACUUAAUAUUCUCAUCAAAGGCAUUAAUGUAUCAUGUGUCAUUAAUUUGAAACUCAAAAGCCAUUGUAAGGAAUAUGCUAUUGAGCAACUCAUUUAAAUCCUGAACAAAUGGCACAUUUUUAUAAUUAUUUUCAGUUUUCAGUUUUCAUGGAUGAAAGAUAUUCUUUUGCAUGUUACAAAUAUGUUAUUAUGUAUAGUUGUAAAAAUGAUUUCAAUGAUUUUUUAAAAAAUGUUUGCAUUUGGCAAGUUGUGGUUGUGUACUUAGGCUGGUGCUUUUAAACAAGAAAGAAAGUUAAGUCUUUAUAAUUAAAUUGUAAUAAAUUAAAAGGAGAUUUCUUACCACCCCUUCUGUUAGUUAAAAUGUAAAGAUAUUCUAAAUCACAUAUUUUAGCCAUGCUUUACUUUUAUUUGUCAUCCUUUCUAUUAUACCAGUAGUAAUAUAUUUGCUUCUUAUUGUUUUAAUGUUAAUUGUAACUGUUAAUAAUUAGGCCUUUCCUACUCUUUGGAUUUCUUCUAUUGCUGAGUGAACCUUUGACUGUGUUUUAUUUCUCUGUGAUUAUCAAUGUAGAUAUUUUAGUGAAUCAUAUCUCUUACUGGCUCUAUUUUCAUAUUUUUAUGCAUCCUUCAAAUAAUGUGCAAUAUUCUCUAUUUCAUCAUUUUCUUUACUAUUGAAGAGUAUUUUUCUAAAAUAAACCAAAAUAAGAGGAAUCUUUUUAGGAAAGUCAUUUUAAUGCAUUAUUUAUAAUAAUUUCUUUUGUCUUUUUUUUUUUAAAUUUAAUAUGAAAAUUAUGUUUAGACUUUUCUAUGCUACGCUAAUUAUACACAUAAAAAGAAAUAGAAGUUUUUAAAAAUAUUAUAAUAUUAAACUUUCACAUGUAUAUCUUAAACCAAGAUAACUAGAAUUUCUAAAUAGGAUAAAGCAAUAAUUUACAAGCUUAAAACUUCUCCAUCAAUAAUCUUAGAGAAUAGUGUUUUUAAUAUUUUUACACCUGUUGACCAGUUAAAAUAUCAGACAUAUUAAUAGAACUGCUAAAGUUGAAAAAUAAAACAUUAUUUUACUUACUAACCAACAAAUCAUUCAACAGACAGUUUGUGUUUCCUUCAGUAUUAAUUUAUUCAAAUCAACCAAAAUAAGUAUAGAUAUGUUGAUUUAUAGUUUAUAUCCAGCCAUGUCAAAUGAUUUUGGCUUUACCAUUUUAUUUUUAUCAUAACUAAUUUGAAGGGGAAAAAAUUACUCAAUUUGACAUUUCACAAUAUCUCUUUUGCUUGGGUGUUAUUUUGUGUGUGUUUAUUCUUGCAAUAAAAUUCUAAUUAGUAUGCCUAUAUUUCUUAACUCUUGCACACUCUGUAGUUGCAAUUAAAAUUGGUUUAGUGAUUUUGGUAUUGUGAUUGUAAGUUUAACUUUGUAUAUACUUUGUAAAUAUUCAUUUUGAAAAAAUAUUAUUUUCUAAAAGCUUCCAUUAUUCAUACUUUGCUUCAAACCUUCAAAAUGCUUUCAAUGUGUGGAACCAUUAGCUUAAUGUUAGCUUGCUGACAAAUCAUUUUUUUAUAAAAUUAAAAAUUAAAAGUUAAACUUCUAGUCAAGGUAUUCAAUUUAAUUUGUUGUUGGACUUUAAAGAAAUAUAGUAAAUAUUAAAACUUUAUUCAACAUUUAUUGUAAUAAUUAUUGUUCAGUUCAACACAGUUAGUCUAAUUCAAACAAUAAAUAGCAAAGAAUAUGUAAAUAUUUAUUUUUAGGUGUAUAAAUAUGAUUUUAGUUAACUUUCUUACUGUUCAAAUUAAUUGAUACCGUUAAAACUCCAUAAUGCUUAAUAAGUCUGUACAGUAUUAAUUAGAGUUUUAGACCUAUUAACUUUUAUUAGUCUAAAAGUUUCUUUUUUUCAUUACUUCUAUGUUUGUGUUGCAUUUCAUUUACCAAGCAAUUUAUCAGAACAUUCAAAUAGUAUGUUUUUAAACAUUCAUUAUGGUGUCUUUAAAAUUAUAUUUUCUAUUUAGAAAGUUUUUAAAAAAUUGGGAUUUUUUCAUUUAUUUUAGCUUUUGAAAUAUGUCAUAAUAAGUUGGAGCAUGAAAAUUAAUAAGCUAUACGUCAAAAAGUCAUUUAGAGCAUGUCAUACAAUCUCUGUGAAAACUUAACCUAGCCAAGUGGUGGGUUCAUAUGAAAUCUUAUAAUUUCUUACACGUUUAAUCAUAUACAUUUUAAUAAAUUUUACUUAUUUAAUAUUUGCUAAUAUUGUUCCAUUUAUAAUUAGAUACACCAAAUUCUCACUCAUCUUACGAUAUGUCAAUCUGAGAGGAUGUUUUAACAACUAAAGUGAAGUGAAUGAGCGUGGCAUAAUUUUAUAUACUCAUUGAAAUUACUGAUUAUCAUAAUUCAAACAUUUUAACCCAUUUUUGUGCUCUAAAAAUUAAAAUACAGUCAUACUAAAGAACAAAAGAAAUUGCAACAUGCGCCUUCUGUGUUGCCUUUUUCUUGUAUUGAAAAUAACUACCAAGAUUUAUUUUUUAUAAAGGAUUUUUACUGCCUUUAAAAAAUAAAGAUUUCUGGUCUACAUAUUUUGCACAGAGCACAUAAUUUUCCUUUUCAUAUCUGGUAGUACCACUGCAAGGGUUCUGUUUUAAAUUUUCAUUUUUUUUUCCUUUUAACAUUAAUAAAGUUGUCUCUUUACAGAUGUAAUUAUUUUUUUAAAUUAGAAUAACUCAGUCUCCAACUACAAAAUAUACUUUUAACUAAAAAUAUUUUUUAAGCCAUGUCACAUAACUAUUUAGGCUGUUAAUUACGAACUAAAACUUUAAUUUUAAAUAAAGCUAAGUGAAUAAUUCAUUUUGUAAACUGAAGCAAAAAACACUAAAUUAUUAUUAUAACUAAAUUUAUGGGAUCUAACGGUUUUGCAGCUUAUCUUUAACAAAUAAAACACAAAAUAAAUCAAGAUAUGAUCAUACAAAAAAAAAAUUAUUUUACCCUAUAAUUUAAAAGAAAUUAUUUUAUCAAAACAUUUCAACUGAUAAGUAAUGAAUUUGAAAUCAUUUUCAUUUAAAUUAUUUUGUGUAGUUUAAUCUUCUUUCUUUCUUUUCUAAAAGUUUCUUCAUUUAAUUUCCUCUUAUUUAAAUAAAAAAUGAAGUUUUUGAUUAUUCAUCACGUCACUGAAUAACUUUCCUUUAUUAAAAAUGUUUUCACAGUUUUAAAAAACAAUGAACUACUGGGGGCAUGCUGAUUUUUUUGUUAUAAUCACUUUUUAGGCCAGCUUAAAAUAUCACUAUUUCAAGUUUAAAUCACUUAAUUACCUCUUUGCAAUCUUGAUUUAGUGGUGGAUUAACAAUUUAGUCACUUCAUUUGUCACACAAUCUUGAAGGAAAAUCUAUUACACCAGACAUGAAUUACAAAUAUCAAGGAGCCUAUUUAUCAUUUUAAAGGCCUGAAAACAAUUUUCUUGUUUGUGGCUGAAACCAUUGAUGGCCGUAAAGAUUUAAUGUUUUCCUACUUUUUGAUUCCACUCCAUAUACAUUUUUUACCUAUUUAUUGUAUUUGGGGUGGAGAAAAAUGUCUAUAACUCAACAAAUCUAAACCUUUCAAACUGUCCUUUCAGGGAUGCCAUCCAGAGAUCUAACAUCUCUUGGAAAAUUGCUAGGGGUGCAGCUACUUCUAUUCAUGUCAGAUAACAGAUCUCUAACAAGUACUCUAACACAAAUUUAAAUAGUUAUUUACUUAUAAUAUAAUUAAAAUACAAAUAACAAUUUAAAUUUUAUAUAAAAAUCAAUUUUACUAUAUUACUGCAGACCAAAAUCCUUAAUUCACCACUGCCUUGAUGUGUUUUGGGGUAAAUUGCAUUAAAAUAUCAGUGCAUUGCAUUCUUUUAUUGGCAUUUCAAGAAACUCAUCUUAAAAAAUGAAUAAAUGGUUAUUUUUCUCAAC